GCGCAAAAAUUUUCCUCUCCAACGACCGUCUUCGCAUUGCCUUUGCAAUUACUUCCAACACCGUCAUAGUACCGUCAAAUCACAUCACAACCCGCGAUUCGAUACUUUUGCGCUCUGCUACUUGUAUUCGGGAGUUAAAGCUGUCAUCCUCCCGCGCAUACGAUAUCUAGUCUCGCGCGCGCACAUACCCCCAUAUCCGCGGCCAGACACAUAACCCGGGCGCCUACAUCCAGCCAACAAGACUCAAAAGCACCACAACACGCCUACGAAGUCAGCAACGCGUCUCUAUCUCCACUACCUUAAAACAACCAUCUACCAACCCCAUCACCAAGACCGUCAAAAUGGCAACAGCAACAUUCACCCUCCCCCACCACCCAACCAUGCCCUCAACCCCCUCAACUCCACCCACCAUCACAGCCACAGCGCUCAUGAACGCAUCAUCGCAUGACAUCGCGAUGCUGCACGACAUCCACGCUCUCCUCAACAAGAUCUUCACCCGCAAUCGAAACCAGCAUCAACGCUCCACGUGGUGGAAAUCGCUGCACGGGUUCCGGCGGCAGAUUGGUCUUCUGCUGCAAGAUCUUGAGAAAGGUUCUGUCAAAGAGCGAGAAGGUAAACUCGAAGCGCGAUUGAGGUUUUGGGAUCGGGGAAGUGUGCAUAGCUGGUAUUACACAUUCAGCCAACUCGUCGCCGUGGGCCCGUUCGCCAUGCUCGGUCUCGUCAUGAUGGCAAGUGUCGCUCGCGUAUGCCGGAUUACCGGCAUUACAGCUGUGUAUGAAGAAAUCGCAUCGGGUGACAUUCAAGGUGUUUUGAGCGCGAGCGACGAAUUGGCUAUGGCGGGCGAGUUUGGCACGGUGUUGGAUGAGGAGGAGGAGUGGGAUGAGGGGGUUGUUGUCGCUCGGGAUGAGGAGGAAGACAACGAGUAGAUAGAGGUGUGAGUCGGGUCUGAGGGUGGUUUGCUGAAUACACAUGUAAAAUGGUUUAUGGGAUGAUACCUGAUAGCCCGAAAUGGCUAUCUUCACGGCGUUUUGGGGUGUUGGAAUGAAGGGAUAGAACGUGUUGAAUGCCUCCUGGCUGACAC